AAUGAUGCAGACAAUAAGUUUUGUGGAGUCAAGUAGAGUCAAGGUGAAGGGAUUAUUGUCAUUGAACAGCCAAAUGUUCCACAUCGUCAUUAAUCGAUGCCGUAAUGUUAAGAUCAACGAUAUUCGGAUCGUGGCGGAUGGAAAAAGCCCGAACACAGAUGGCAUUCAUGUCCAACUAUCAACUGAUGUUGAAAUUCGUAACGCUUCCAUCAAAACUGGUGACGACUGUAUCUCCAUUGGCCCCGGAACCAAGAACUUGUGGGUCGAACGAGUCACAUGUGGCCCUGGUCAUGGAAUCAGCAUUGGGAGCUUGGGAAAAGAUAGAGAAGAGGAAGGGGUACAAAAUGUGACGGUGAAGAAAACAGUUUUUGUAGGAACAGACAAUGGAUUAAGAAUUAAGUCAUGGGCUAACCCAUCAUCCGGUUUUGUUCAGAGGGUUCGAUUCUUAGAGUCUCUUAUGUUCAAUGUCAAGUUUCCUCUCAUCAUUGACCAACACUAUUGCCCUCAUAACAUAAACUGUCCUUCUCAGGAAUCAGGAGUGAGGAUAAACGAUGUGAUAUAUCAAGGCAUAAGAGGAACAUCAGCUACAAAAAUUGCGGUAAAAUUGGAUUGCAGUGCUAAAGCUCCAUGCACACGUAUUAGAAUGAAGGACAUUAGUCUGAGAUAUGCUAAUGAAGCUGCACAAUCUUCAUGUGUCAAUGUCCUUGGAGAUGCACUUGGUUUGGUCAAACAUCAAACCUGCUUCUGAUAAUCAUUCUAUGAAGAUCUUAAAAAAGCGACAAAAUAAUAGCAUAUUUGUAUAUAAAAGAUCAUUUUUUUUUUGUUUUUUAAAAAGGUUCAUAUUUGUAAAAAAUAAUAAUUCAUAUUUGUAGUAUUGAUUGUGUUCUGUUAAUAUUUGUAGGUGGGCCAGCAUAUAUGCUGAUAACGGCCCAU